CUGAUAUUGUGUUUGGUCAAUGAUUAACUGAACAGCCAAGAACAGCUUCAUGAUCUGAUCGUGAUAUUCAUACAUGCUGCAAGUAUAUGGCGAUUAUAGCUGCUCCAAGGAAAAAAGCAAUAGACAAAUUUUGGAAGCGCUUUCCAGCAAUGCUCUCAUAAGGAAAUGAUUGGUGACUGUGCUAGCAGGCCCCAACGAAGGGUGGACCUUUCUUAAGCCGACCCCGCGGAAACUCUCUUCAAUUGUGUAGAUUGUAUCGUCGUUAAAUGCCAUCCCUGUGAGCCGGCAAGCAAUUAGUGAUUUGGUGUUAUAAAUUGGCAUGAUGGUUUUAGCCGUCACUUUCGGGUCCGAAAGGUCAGUUAAAGAGGGCGAGGGUAAGAUCGCCGUGGAUGCGGGCCUUGAGGGUGACUUCGACCUCGAGAUUGAGGUCGAGGCGCAGCUUGAGCGGAUUCUGGCCGCCCUUGUCCUGCUUGGGCUGCUGCUGCUGCUGCUGCUGUUGCGUCAUCUGCUGUUGUUGUUGCUGCUGCUGCAUCUGCCACUGCUGCUGUUGCUGUUGCGAGUUCUGCUGCUGGCGGCGGCGAGGGGCGACCUGCUUCUCGUGGUCGUUCUCCUUGUCUUCGUCGUCCAUCCACUGCGGCUGGUUGCGGCCACGGCGACGGCGGCUACGGGAAGGCUUCUCAGACUCGGACCGGGACUCGGCGCGGGCCUGCUGCUUCUUGGGCGCCUGCUUCUUCUGCUGCUGGGGCUGGGGCUUCUCGUCCUUCUUGUUGUCCUGCGCAGGCUUGGACUCGGCCUUUUCAGGCUCUGGCUUGGACUCGUCGGCAGCGCCAUCCUGCUUCGGCGAGCUGUCUUGGUUGUCCUGCUCGUUGUUGUUGGCAGAGUUCUGAGACUCCUGCUCCUGGCCAAAGGGGCUGUCGUUGUUGUUCUCGUUGUUGUUGUUGUCCUCGUCCUGGUUCUCCCAGGGCUUGGACUCACUGGUGGGGGCAGCCAUGAUGCACAAGCUUUCCGUGUUCUUGCCUGUGCAAACGGCAAAAUAUCAAAAUGUCUGUAGCUCGACAGGAAUCCCCCGUGUCUAGC